UUACGGGUUUGACGCAUUCGAAAGUAUUUUUUCUUCUUCUUCAAUAUUGGAAAAUGCGAUUUCAAUUUCGCUUAAAAUUGACUUUGAUUUCAUUUAGUCAUUGUUUAUGCUUAUCUUUCGGCGAAGGUCCAUUGGGUAUCGAGAAACCGAAAACCGAGUUGGUGAGAGGUGGGCCGUGGGCUUCUACACGUAUACUUAAUUCUUCAGCAUCAAAGUUAUAUCAUCAUAAUAAGAAUCAAAGUUGACAUUCACGACCAGCCAAUUCUAUCUUCUCGCUCAUCUUCUCUUGUCCCAGUUCCAAGCCAUGGAGAUGGGGAUUCGCAUCUUCUUCUCCUUUUUAUUCUCUCUUCUCCUCCUCCUCCUCCCCUUUUCCAGUUCAGUUCACUUCCAGAUCUCGCGCUUUGGCCCUGAAGCCAAUAUGCUCUACCAAGGAGAUGCAUCACCUGCAGUUGGAUCCGUUGAAUUGAUCAACCGAGUCACUUAUCUGUGUCGCGUUGGCUGGGCCUUCUAUGCCGAUAGGAUUCCGAUCUGGGACUCGAAAACAGGAAAGCUCACCGACUUCACCACCCAUUUCACCUUCACCAUAGACCUCCAAGGCCGACCCAAGUAUGGCCAUGGCAUGGCUUUCUUCCUCGCCCCAGUUGGCUUCCAGAUCCCUCCCAACUCGGCCGGUGGCUUCUUGGGCUUGUUCAACACCACAACCAGUGAUUUACCCACCAACCAAAUGGUUCUGGUUGAGUUCGAUUCCUUUUCAAACCCAGAAUGGGAUCCUCCGUACGAGCAUGUUGGGAUCAACAACGGCUCGAUUUCCUCCGUCGUUACCACUCCUUGGAACGCUAGCUUGCACAGCGACGAUACAGGAUCUGCUUGGAUUACAUUCAAUGCCACUACUAAGAAUUUGACUGUGUCUUGGUCCUACGAAGCAACUACCGCUCCUAAAGAGAAUUCCACUCUUUCUUGUCAACUUGACCUGAAGCGGAUUCUGCCCGAGCAGGCAAUGGUCGGUUUCUCGGCUGCUACCGGCCAGUACGUAGCGCGACAUGUACUCCAAUCAUGGGAAUUCAGUUCAAGUUUAGAUAUAGAAGAGACGAACCAACAGAAUGCGAAAAAGACCAGAUUAAAAAUUGGUCUAAUGGUCCCAUUGGGUGCUUUGGUUUUAGGGGUGUUGGUGGCUGCAGCUAUAAUUUUGUGGCGAAGGAGAUCAAGAGCUAAAGCAAAAUCAGCAGUACCGGUUAACCCGACAUCGAUUAAUGAUGAUCUUGAAAGAGGUGCAGGGCCAAGGAGAUAUUCUUAUAGUGAUCUUGCCUCGGCUACCAGCAACUUCUCAGAGGAGAGAAAGCUGGGAGAAGGAGGAUUUGGUGGUGUUUACAGAGGGUACCUCAAAGACCUCAAUAUGGAGGUAGCUGUGAAGAAAAUCUCAAGGGGUUCUAGACAGGGUAAAAAGGAGUACAUAACCGAAGUGAAGGUCAUUAGUCAUCUGAGACAUCGAAAUUUGGUGCAGCUUGUGGGCUGGUGCCAUGACAAAAGUGAGUUUCUUCUAGUCUAUGAGUUUAUGCCUAAUGGAAGCCUGGAUUCCCACCUGUUUGGCAAGAACAGCCCUCCCACUUGGGCUGUGAGGUACAAGAUAGGUACUGGGUUAGCCUCAGCAUUGCUGUAUCUACACGAAGAGUGGGAACAAUGUGUUGUUCAUAGGGAUGUAAAGUCCAGUAAUGUAAUGUUGGAUUCAAGCUUCAAUGUCAAGCUUGGAGACUUCGGCUUAGCCCGGCUCAUGGACCAUGAGGUUGGCCCGCAAACCACGGGGCUGGCUGGAACUUUCGGUUACAUGGCGCCUGAAUAUGUAGGCACCGGAAGGGCCAGCAAAGAAUCAGAUGUCUACAGCUUUGGAGUGGUUCUAUUAGAAAUCGCAACUGGGAAAAAAUCUCUGGACCCCCGGAACGGUGGUAGCCAAAUUGGGCUGGUGGAGUGGGUGUGGGACCUGUAUGGAAGUGGGCAGCUGCUUUCGGCUGUUGAUGAGAGAAUGAAUGGGAAGUUUGAGGGGAGGCAAGCAGAAUGUUUGAUGAUUGCUGGGUUGUGGUGUGCUUACCCAGAUCGGAGUCGGAGAGCAUCCAUAAAGCAAGCCAUUCAAGUGCUUCAUUUUGAGGCUGCGCUGCCCGAUCUUCCACCGAAGAUGCCCGUUCCCGUUUAUCGUGCACCAGCUGGAGGUGUAUCGGCAAGUAGUUCUAGUGAGCCUUCCAUAACUUGUUCGAGCAUUGAAGUGGGUCGUUGAACAAAUAAAAUUUCAACUUACAGCUAGGGAUAAAUCUGUAUUGAAAUAUAUAUGAUACUCUUUCAUAAUGCUUGAUGUAUAGAGGUCUAUAUAUUAGCAAGAUAUAUAAACGUGCGGGGUUAUAUAUAGGUUUAUGAAAGCGUUAGACUUAUUAGCAAGAAAGUGUUAAGAAUUAAUAUAUACUUAUUAUAUCAUCUUCAAUAAAAAUUUGGCUUGUAGCUCGAUCGAUGUUGAAACUUAAUGCAUAAAUGCCAACAGU